AUUCCAUUAUUUCUUCCGAUCUCUAAAAAUGGCCCACCAGAAAUAGGAAAAACCUCCGUCGGUCUUCCCGCUGCCGCCUGAAUCAAAACGACUGCGUUUUCCGCGCGUCAACCAAUCUCCACCGGCGCAGAUCGUAACUACGGCUCGAUCUCGGCCCUCAACCACUCACUCGUAUGUUCUUGUCUGUAUACGCUGAAGUUGGGGAAUUGAUUGCGCCCUCGGAAAAUUAAUCGCAAAGGAGAUGAACAUCAGCCAGGCGGCCGUGCACCCUGUGGAGGCGCCGCCGCUGCAGACGGAGGGUGCGGGGAACUUGCCGCUGCCGCGCGUGAGGAUGAGGGAUCUUCAAGGGAUGCCGGGGACAGUCGGCGGCCUGGCGUUGCGCGUGGCGCAGCUCUUGUUCGCAGUCGUGGCUCUCACGGUGAUGGCAACCACCAGUGACUUCCCUUCCGUCACCGCCUUCUGGAUGUCUGUAAAAUACUUUGUUUCUCUUUCUUUUUCGUUCUGGGCUUAUGGUCUGUUAAAGACUUCUGCGGUGGUUUUCCAGGACAAUGUUUCUUGUUUGAUCUACCUUGUUGCUGCUGCUGGUUUUCAGAGCCUGUGGAGCCUUGUUUUAGCAAUUCUUGAUGCUUAUGCACUUCUUGUUGGACGUCGUUUGCAGAAUCCUCGAGUCGUCAGUUUAUUUGCUGUAGGUGAUGGGGUAACUUCUACCCUAACGUUUGCUGCGGCCUGUGCAUCUGCCGGCAUUACUGUUCUAAUCGGGAACGAUUUGGGGUCGUGUGAUAGAAAUCAUUGCACAGAGUUCGAAACAGCUACAGCCAUGGCCUUCCUGAGUUGGUUCACUUCACUGCCUUCUUUUCUGUUGAAUUUCUGGUCUUUGGCAUCAAGAUGACGAAAUUUAUCCUCAACUGGCACAAUGUUGGAGGAGUUGUUUGUAAUUUGUAUGAAUUUCGCUUGAUAAUUUUUUGGUACUCUUGACUGUGAUUAGACAAAUAUAGAACUAAUAGAAGGCAUACAUUUGGUGUGCGUUCUUGUGUAUAUACGAUGCAGAACAGUGUAAAUUCAGUGUUCCAAUCUGUUCAAGGUUUGGCUUUUCUAUAUCUCUCUUCUCAUAGCCCAGAAUCAAGACUGCAAGGGCAAGUUUCGUCGAAAUACAAGGAAGCAUUUCAUUCUCAAAGUUUAAU